UAAUCGACUGUGUUAAAAACGUGAGAAGUUUACAUGAAAAGGUCUUGGUGGAAAAAUCCAUGAGUGCUUUCAGUAAGUAGGAACAUUUGUCACGAAAGAGCUAUUGUACAUUGGUAGUGAUCAUUAUAAGGCUGUCAAUUGCUGCUGGCACCAUCAUCAGAGUCUAUCAUUAAGGAAUUUUCCAAGGUAUAGACAUUGUUACUUGCAUUUAAUGUUGCUAUUUUCAACAAUCAGUUGUUUAGUAACACGCAACUUGCUCACUUAUUAUGACAUUAAUUGAGGAUAAAUAUUAUCGUUGGUAAUAGCUAUGCCAUUAUGUUCUUGCUAAACCUCUAGAGCAAAUAGAAAAUUAAUCAGAUGCACGCUCACAAGAUAAAUGAUAGUAUUAAAAAAGUUUCCAUUGAUAUCUCACGCAUUUUAUUACCCUCCAAUCUUCUGCCACAACGUGAAUGUGGUCGAGUGAAAGUUUUCAAAAUAACUAAGAUGAACCCAGAAAUCUAUCCAAGAAAACUAAGGGAUGAUGAAAAAAAAUUCAAAAGUCCUGGAAGUACAUCAAAUCAAUCACCAGCAUAUACCCUCAAUUCACUACAUCUUCAAAACCCCUACAGGACACUUCAGAAAUUCGAGAGUUUCAACAGCUCAAAAAAUCACACAUUGAAAUUCCGCAGCAGUUUCUUGCAGAAGAGUCAUGAUGUCGUGAGUGAAAAUAAUUAUUCUAAUCGACGACAAAAAAACCCAUUCCAGAAUUAUGAGGAGAAUAAAAAUAAAUAUAAUACAAAGAUUCAUAAAAUCCAGAUGUUUUUGAAGAAAUUUAAGUUUUUUUCAUUAAUUGAACAAUACUGUGCCAAUAGUACACUUCAUGGUCUACGAUAUGUUGGAGAUACACACGUCUCGAUAAUUGAAAAAUUAUUCUGGAUUUUUUCAUUCAUAUGUGCAUUCCUAAGCGCCAGCUAUUUUAUUUGGCACUUGUACAAUAAAUGGCAAGCAUCUCCAAUUAUAAUUUCCAUGAGUCCUGAGCCAGUUUCUUUUGAAGAAUUUCCAUUUCCUUCAGUAACAAUCUGCAAUAUGAAUAAUGCAAGAAAGUCUGAAGCAGAUAGAAUUAAUGAUAGUGAUGAUAAUCUUGAGAAGUUAUUGCUGGAAGAUAUCUGCGACUUUAGAAACUCUACUGAUGAAGUUGAUGAAGUAUUCGGUUCAGCUAAUUGGAGUAAUGUCUUUCGAUUUAUGAUCAAUGUAUCACAGCCAUGUACAGAAAUGCUGUAUCAUUGUCAAUGGCAUGGCAAUACCACAGAUUGUGACAAAUUAUUUAAUCCCACAAUGACGGAUGAAGGAAUGUGUUGCAACUUCAAUUCAGUCCACCGAAAAUACAUGUUUUACAAUCCCCAAGAGUGGGAAGACCUCAACAUAACAUUUCCAUUUAACAACAUGGACUGGAAACCAGAAACUGGCUAUAAAGCUGCAAUUCAUCCAGAUACUCAACCUUGGAGACCAUUUGGAGCAGGAGAAUAUUACGGUUUAACACUCGUUUUGGACACUGCAGUUGAUGAUUAUUACUGCUCAUCAACAGCAAGUGUUGGUUUUAAAUUAUUGCUUCAUAGCCCAGUUGAAACUCCAAAAAUGGCUGAUUUUGGCUUUGCCAUAUCUCCCGGUGAAGAGACACGAAUUAUCAUUUCACCAAGAAUUUUGACAGCCAGCUUGUCUAUUCUUGAAAUUCCUCGCAAAAAACGGAAAUGUUUUUUCAACUCUGAACGGAAAUUAAAAUAUUAUCGAACUUAUACCCAGAGAAAUUGCCUGCUGGAAUGCGAGGCAAAUUUUACUCAGAAAAUUUGCCAAUGUGUCCAAUAUUAUAUGCCAAAAUCUGCAAAUACUCCAAUCUGUGGUAAAAAAGAUGAUCCGUGUGCUACACGAGCGAGAAGACUGAUGGAAACUAAACUUUAUGAUGAUGAAGCUGACAAGCUGAAUGUUACUGAAAUACCUAGCUGUAACUGCUGGCCAGGAUGUUUUGAAAUAAAUUAUGAAUUUACCAUUUCUCAUAGUUCCCUUACUCCAAAAUUCUAUAUUGACGAUGCAUACGUGAAGCAGAGCAAAAAAUACUUCAAAGAAAAUAUGGCUAUUGUUCACUUAUUUUUUAUUGAUUCUCAAUUUCCAAAAUACGUUAAAAGUGAACUGUUUGGCUUCAUUGAGUUUCUAUCAAGUGUUGGUGGUCUUCUUGGGCUUUUCAUGGGAUUUAGCUUUUUAUCAGUCGUCGAAGUGGUUUACUUUAUGACAUUAAGAAUUUGGUGUCGCAUUUCGUGGAAUGAACGACCACAAAAUACAUCGAAUUCGUUAAUUCAUGUGCAACCAUGUUCUAACCCAAAUUCCAACACUAUUUUCCCUUUUUCACAAUAACAUACCAUCCUAUAACUGCUUAUGAAGGAAGUUGAUACAUAAUAAGAAAGUAAUUAAAUUAUAAUAACAAGUGUAGUGGUUUACACGUUUAAUAAUCUUAGUAUAAUAUACAAUGAAUGUACGUACCUUA